UUUUUCCAUCAUCGUUUUCACUCGUCGUCGCAGCUCGAGCUUCUCGCCAAACCGGAUUCGACCCGUCAACUGCAGACACCGGACCCGGACACCCCAGAGGAAGCACUGCAAACACGAAACUAAUGAGCCGCUCACUUAGAACCCUGCCCUUACGGUCCGGCCUGGACUCGCUGCUCCUCAAUGGCUCGAGACAGCAGCUCCGCCGCCUAGCCUCCUCCGCCGCGACGACUAGCUCCGCACGGUCCGGCAGCCGCCUCGGCGCCGCCUCCCCCCGCCGUCCCGCCCUUACGCCCGCCAGACUUGCGCCCCAGCUGAGGCAACCUGCCGGCGAGAGGAGGGGGUUUAAGACGGUCGAGGAGGCCAAGAGCAGAUAUCGCAGCGGGCCUUUCUCCUGGAAGGCAGGCCUUCUCUUCGUCGUCACCGCCGGCGGUCUGGUCUGGUACUUUGACCACGAGAAGGAACGCAUGCGCAAGAAGCGCAUCGCUGAAUCGACCAAGGGCAUCGGCAAGCCCAAGAUCGGCGGCGACUUCUCUCUGAUCGACCAGCACGGCCGGCCCUUCUCCUCGGCCGACCUGCGCGGCCGCUACUCGCUCGUAUACUUUGGCUUCUCGCACUGCCCGGACAUCUGCCCCGAGGAGCUGGACAAGAUGGCCGCCAUGUUCGACUUGGUCCAGGCUGCCAAGCCCGGCGCCCUCGUUCCCGUCUUCGUCACCUGCGACCCGGCCCGCGACACUCCCAAGGUCCUCAAGGAUUACCUGGCCGAGUUCCACGAGGGCUUCGUCGGCCUGACGGGCACCUACGACCAGAUCAAGGCCAUGUGCAAGGCCUACCGUGUCUACUUCAGCACCCCCACCGACGUCAAGCCCGGCCAGGACUACCUGGUGGACCAUAGCAUAUACUUUUACCUGAUGGAUCCUCAGGGUGACUUUGUCGAGGCCCUCGGGAGGCAGCACUCGCCCGAGCAGGCCGCCAAGAUAAUUGUCGAUCACAUCAAGGAGUACAAGGGUGAGCUCAGAUCAUGAGUGCCCCGCUUCGAUGUGAGCAUGCGCGAAUCGAUCCCAAUGCGACAGAGGGAAUCCAAAAGAAAAAAAAGAUAUGGAAGCAAGCCUAUCAUCACAGCUAUAUAAGGGCGCUUGCGUCUUGGACCAUGCAGCAAAUGGCCAACCAAAAAUAGAGCAUUUACGAGCGCCCCUGCACAUCCUUUUAAGGGGGUGUAUACUGUAUAUAUACCUAUUCUCUCCAAAUAUCCAUGUACCAAUAUCUCUGCUGUAUUUGCUGCUAAACACUCUGUCUAAUGUCCAUGGUCCAGAAAGUGUACAGUCCAUGUGCCAAGAGCAAAGGCGAUGCAGACUGUCCGACAUGUUAAUAAUCCACAAGCUUCAGCUGCGUUCUCAGCCCCUCGGGAAGGUCCUCCAG